UUUUCUUGUUCCCCUUUUUUUCUCUCUCUUCUUCUUGGUCGGGGAUUUCCGCCGCUCUUUGCCGACUGUGGAAACGAUGGGGGACGAUCUGGACGGGGUUCCCGAGCGGGAGAUGAAGGACUUCCAGUUCAAACAGAUGAAGAAAAUCCGUGUCUUUGAGUCUCCGGACGAAUUGCUAAAGGACAGGGUGAACCUUCUGGCUGUAUCCAAUAAAUUUGGGCUGACAUUUGCAGGUGGUAUUACAGGCCUGCGGAUUUUCAAUACUCGUAACAUAAUACUGGCGGGCCGAGGAGGAGGAGACAUCAAUGAAAUAGUUGAAGGAGUACAUUCGAUGCCAGUUGCUACAAAACUCCCUUUGCACCACAUAGCUCUCAGCAGCGACGAUCUCACUCUGUCUGUUUGCAUGGCAUCAGCUGAUUAUGGGCUAAUCAUUGCCUUCUUUGAUGUGAGAACAUUUGUAAACAAGGCGAGACAGCAAAAGCGACCCUUUGCGUACCACAAGCUUUCAAAGGAACCAAAUUGUUUGGUGGUGGAUCUGAAGUGGAGCCCCACAGCAGGCUCUGUCCUGGCAGUCUGUCUGUCUGAUGGCAGUGUAAUUAUGCUGGAUGUCACUGACACCGUGAAGGAAUGCGCUUUGCUUCCACCCACAGCUGCAAUCACAUCAGUGUGCUGGAGUCCGAAAGGAAAGCAGUUGGCUGCAGGGCGACAGAAUGGGACUGUGAUUCAGUUCUCCCCGGCACUGCAGGAAAAGAAGGUCAUCCCUUGUCCCCCUUUCUAUGACUCUGACAAUCCAGUCAAAGUUUUGGAUGUUUGUUGGAUCAGUACAUACGUCUUUGCUGUGGCUUACACCGCUGCAGAUGGAUCGUUGGAAACUCCACCGGAAGUAGUGAUUGUGUCCUUGCCGAAGAAGGAUGAGAAGCGUGAGGACCGAUUCCUGAAUUUUACUGACCUGUGUUUUGGAGUGUGCGCAGAGAGGCAACACCAUUAUUACCUGCAGCACAUUGAGGACUGGGAUCUGUUGCUGGCGUCCUCAGCGGCAUCCAUUGAAGUCACUACAGUCGCUCGGCAGGCGGAUAAGACAAACUGGGAGCUGUGGGUGCUGGAGGAUGCGGCUCGAGCGGAACUCCCUGUGACUGAGUUCAGCGCUGACACCAUGCCCGUGGGGGUUGCUAUCGAUUUCACAAGUCAAUUAGACAUACCCAUCAGUGAUGAGAAGACACUUCCUCCGGCUCCAGUUUUGAUGUUGCUCUCGACCGAUGGCGUUCUUUGUCCCUACUACAUGAUUAAUCAGAACCCUGGCUUGAAGUCUCUGAUAACUCCGGCACAAAACCUAUGUCUGGAUGGAGAGAGACAGCCUAAAUCAGCUCCAUUGUCCAGUCCAGCCACAACUGCUUCAUCAAUGCUGCCAAAAUCUGAAUUGAGUGCUGCAGAAUCCUCUGCCCCUGCCCCUGCCUUUACACAGCCUCCUGUACCCACUGGUCCUGCCUUUACCCAGUCUCCUGUUCUAACUGGUCCUGCCUCUAGCCAACCUGCUGUUGCCACUGGUCCUGUCUUUAGCCAAUCUGCGAUUCCCGUUGUCCCUGCCUUUACCCAGCCCCCUGUUAGCACUGCCCCUGCCUUUACCCGUCCUGCUGUUCCUUACACGUCCACACCUGCUGUUCAGUCCAGACCUGCAACAGAGAGUCGACCUGCAGGCACCUCAGUGGCACCAAUGCAGCCAAUGAGCUUCAAGAUGCCGUCUAGUUCCGUGAAAACCAAUCUCAAUGCCAGAUUGGCAUCUGUAGAGACCACACCCCAGGCUGCUGGCAGCUCUUCAGCCCUGUCCUUCACCCCCAAGGCCACCUUUGGAUUAGGAUCAUCUUUUGGGUCGUCUGCUGCCCUGCCCGCCCGGCCGGAAACACUGUUCCAGUCUCCAGGCACCACAGUUGCAUCUACUCGAACUGCAUUGAAUGCAUCUGCCACAGCUUCUGUUUCAAAGCUUGGCUCAACACAUCAGGCAUCUGCUUCCUCCGUGGAAAAACCGCUUCAGCAGCGGCAAAGUUCAGAUCCGGUCAUGAUGGGAAUCUUAGAGGAGAUUGCUCUCUUCCAGAAGGAGCUGGAUGAGGUGAAAGCUCGGACAGCGAGUGCCAGGUGCGAGGUGGGUAGCAGUCAGGAGAUGAAGAUGCUGAAGUGUGAAGCUGAAACCAUCCACAGCUUCCUGUUGGAGAUCAAAGAAACCACCGAGUCUCUGCAUGGAGACAUCAGCACAUUAAAGACUACAAUGCUGGAAGGAUUUGCUGGUGUGGAAGAUGCAAGAACACACAGUGAACGAAACCGAGACUCCAACUACCUUCAGCUGUUGUGUAUAAAGCCUCUUGAUCCCAAAAGUGAAGCACAGCUUAAGGAAAUUCGUCGCCUGCAUCAGUACGUGAAGUUUGCGGUUCAGGAUGUAAACGAUGUGCUGGAUUUGGAAUGGGAACAGUACCAGGAGAAGAAUAAAAAACAAAAGCACCUGAUUCUCCCGGAGAGGGAGGUGCUGUUUAAUGCAUUGGCCGGUAACCGCGAGAUCAUUAACCAGCAGAGCAAGAGGCUUAACCAGUUAAUAAACGGGUUGCAGCAACUCCGCAUGUACAAUGAAACCUCCAAGUGGAGUGUGACCCACGAAAGCUGCAUACAGAACAAUCACUGCUGGGACACUGAGUUGGAGACACUCCGCAAUGUUUUGGUGAAAACGAAACUGGAAUCGACUCCAAAAAUGGCUCCAAACAGCCCAGCCAAACCUUCUCCGUUGAAGCAGUCCCAACUGCGGAAUUUCCUCUCAAAGAGACAAACUCCUCCCGUGAGAUCCACUGCGCCAGCUAAUUUAUCCAGGUCCGCCUUCUUAUCACCAAAAUAUUAUGAAGAGUUGGAAGAUGUGAGUUCAACGUCCUCUGUGUCGCAGCCGCUAGAGAAUGAAGAGCUUCAGCUACAAGAGCAAGAUGAGCAACAGCAAGAGCACGUGCCUUUGUUCAGGCAUUCCCCAGUAGCUCGGAUGCCCUCGUUUCAGCCAGCGUUGAUCAAUGCCCAGUCAACUCCCUUCAGCAAACCUCAGUCUGCUCUGGGUCCAUCACUUAACCUAGCUCCCAAGCCAGUGGGUAAGCCAAUGGAGGUUCCAGAUACGUUCACUCAGGCAACUAAGACAGUGAAGCACGGUGCCCCAGCUGAGAAGCCAGCCACCAGCGUCCCUCCCGCCCAGGCUGCUGCUGCUGCAGCACUGCGGAGACAGACUGCCAACCAGACCCCAGUCCCCAGUGCUUGUCUUACUGAGCCCACACUGAAGAAUGUCCCAAAAGUGGUGAAUGUUCAGGGACUGAAGGACAUGGGACCUCCUCUUAAUCUGUCAACUGUGAUCAGCCCUUCUGCACCAACCUCUGCAGCAGGAAUAGUCCAGCAGGCCUUGGCCGCAAACCUGUCCAAACAGGGCUCUCAAACAAACCUGAAAGGCUCACCUCUAGUCGGACUCACUGUAACUGGACAAGCUUCAUCUGAAGCAGCUCUGCCCUCAGCAGUCGGUUUCUCCUUUGCUAACUCCACAGGGAGCCUUGGACAAACUCUGCUGAAAUCUGACACUGGUAUAGUGAUGUCAAUCACAGUAACAUCUGCUGCAGCCCCUGGCCCAGCAAUCAACAAGGCCUUCACAUUCCCCUCAGCAGGUGGGUUCAGUUUCACCUCACCUGCCACUUGCUCAUCAACUCCCACCAGUGUCAGCAUCACCACCACCCCAGGAGCUUCAGCUAAUGUGAAGGACCCUUGCCAGGCCAGCCAGCUGAGCUUUGGAGGAUCCAGUAAGCCAGUAUUUGCGUUGGGAGGAGACGUCGGGUUUCCCUUUGCGAGCCCAAAGCCUCCUGCGAGCUCCACUGUUUCAGCUGAAUCCGUCCCGAAUCCACCUAGCGCCAGCUCGAAUAACAAUUCAUCGGCAGAAGUGCAGCCCGUUGCAACUGGACCAUCCACUGAUCCUGGGAUAAGCAGCAAGCCCGACACCCAGAAACCCAAGCCCGAAAAUAAUCUCUUCCAGGGCUGCACUACAGGAGUGACCAUCGGUAGCUUCUCUGGACUUGUUGUUAAUCCAACCGACGAUCCCUCGAAGGCUGACAAACCUUCCCAGGGAGGCUAUGCCUUCAGAUCUGCAGCAGAGACCUCUACUACUUUUUCUUUCGGAAGUGUCUUUCCCGCUGGGAAGUCUGAGCCCGUCGAUGUCGUCGCGGGAGCAGCAGCCGCGAGUGCCGGUGCUCCCAAGGCAACCGGGCCUUUGUUUAACUCCCUGCAGACAACCGGCGUGGAAUCCCCCGACUCAACCUCCGACGGAUCGUUACCGGCUGGAGUCGGCGCCCCCGGCUUUGUCUUCAAGCUGGAGCAGCUCGGCGGGCCGGCUCCCGGCGCAGCUUCCCCCGCGGGCGCAGCCCUGGCCCCCGACCCUUCCUUCCCCGAGCAGUUAACGUCGCCCGCCCCCGAAGCUGCUGAUCCUCCAGUCGCCUCCGCAGCCCCGAAGGCUCCGCCGCCCGAGGAGAAGGAAGACGGCACCGGCUCGGUGUCGGCCGUGCCCGCGUUGGAAAGCCGGGCUGCCGAACCGAGCAGAGGUCCCGCGAGCGACGCCUCAGCCGCGCCCAGCCCGGCCGCUCCGCCUUCAGCGACGGCGACCGGCCCGCCCGCCCUUCCUCCCACCGCGGCGCCGAGCGCGGCCGCCGUGUUGGUCGGGCUGGCGGAACCCGUUGCCGCGCCCGUCACCUCGCAUGGCGCGGCGCCCCCCGCAGCUGCUCCAACUACGACGCUUGCCCCCGCUGCCCUUCCUCCCCCUCCUCCUCCUCCUCCCCCCGCCGCUGGCGCUCCCGCGGGAGCAGCAGAGGGCACCGCCGCCCCAGGGCCGCUGUUUGGAGCUGGCGCGACCCACCCCGCCUCAGGAGUCCCACUGUUCGCGCAGCCACCCACCUCCGCCGCUGGCGCCACCGUGUUCGGCCAACCCGCCAGCGCCGGCACAGUGACCGCCCCAGUGUUCGGGCUGCCGGCGGCCGCAGGGGCGCCGGGCGCCUUCGGGCAAAUUACCGCUGGUAGCGCCACCGCCCCUGGGGCCCCGAGCUUCGGCUCAGCCGGCGGGUUUGGCAAGCCCGCGUUCGGCCAACCGCCGAGCAGCCUGGGCUUCGGGCAGGCGGGCAGCAACCCCCCGGCCAGCGCGUUCGGCUUCGGGCAUUCGGUCUUCGGGUCGGCGCCGGUCUUCGGCCAGCCGACCUGCGCGGCCGCGCCGGCGCCGAGUGGCGGCCCCUUCAGCGGAGCGAGCGCCUUCUCGUUUGAGCAGACGGCUGGCGGCGGUGGAGGAGGAGGAGGAGUCUUCGCGCAGUCUAGCGGCCCAGCCUUUGGACAGAGCACAGGUUUUCCGCAAGCCCCCGUGUUCGGCAGCAGCACCGCUACAACCUCCUCGGCCGGUUUUGGCUUCGUCCAGCCUUCAGGGUUUGGUGCUCCAUCCUCAGGCACAGUGUUUGGACAGCAGCCUAACACAGGCAGCGUGUUUGGUCAGGUCACUUCCACUGGAACAGGGGGGUUUGGCAGUGGGGCAGGUGGCGGAGGCUUUUUCAGCGGACUUGGGGGGAAACCGAGCCAGGAUGCUGCCAACAAGAAUCCAUUUGGACAGCUCAAUUUCGGGUCAGCGGAAUCUGCAAAUUCACCCAACUUGUUUGGGAACAGUGGUGCCAAGACUUUUGGCUUUGGAAAUUCCUCAUUUGGGACAGAGCAGAAGUCCUCAGGCUUGUUCAGCGCUGGCUCCAGUGUCGCCUCCCAGGGAUUUGGCUCCUUUGCAUCUCCAACAAAACCUGCAGGUGGUUUUGGUGCUGCCCCGGUGUUUGGCAGCCCUCCGGCAUUCGGGGGCGCCCCAAGCUUCGGCGGGUCACUGGCAUUUGGUGGAGCACCGGCCUUUACCAGCCCUCUGGGCUCUUCGGCGGGCAAGGUGUUCGGUGAAGGAACAGCUGCUGCCAGUGCAGGGGGCUUUGGCUUUGGCAGCAGUUCCAAUGCACCAACAUUUGGAAGUCUAGCAAAUCAGCCCAAUGCAGCUACUUUUGGAUCCAUUUCCCAGCAAAGACCUGGUUUUGGAGCACAAGGGACCAGCUUCUCUGGCUUUGGAUCCACUGGAGGAGGGUUUGGAAGUGGUUUUGGAUCACCAAAUCAGUCCAAUCAAUCAUUCAGCGGAUGGAGGGGGUGAAUUCUGGUGGAAAAUAUAUAUAUUUUUUAAAAAAACAAACUGAUAUUUUCGAGCGAUUCCCAGCUGCGUGUUGUGUUGAUGUGAGUAAGAAACACAAAUGACCGUUUGGGGCUUG